AUGUAUAAGUCCAUGUAUGCAGACGUUGUUAUUCUUGACCCGAGCUUAUCAGGUGGUACUCCACGGAAAGUGUGGCUAUCCACUGGAGUCCGAGCCAUCGAUCAUUUUAUUGAAGGCCUUUAUGGUAACGCAGCUGCACUUUUUAUCAACAUGCACGAGAAGCUCGGCAUCGAAGUCGACAAAGAUAUCGAGAACGUCAUUAUUAGAGCCCUCGGAAAUCUGCUGACAAGCUUGUUGUCAACCAAGCACAACUGUGACGAUGAAAAUGCGAGAUUAAGGGCCUUUAUGUCUGUACAGGAGUGUCACCGGGCAGGGUUUAAAGGAAUAGGCGCAAGUCAUGGUAUUGGUCAUCAGCUUAGUCCUUUAGGAGUUGGCCAUGGCGAAACAAGUUUUAUCAUUCUACCUUGA